CAGUAACCAUAGAGUAUGAGAAGUGGCAAGACACGUCUUUUGGAGGUGACACAUUCAGAAAUCACAUGGAAUAGCUGUGGCAAAGCUUAGGAGGAAUAUAUUGACAGCAUUGCAUACUCUACCUGCUCUCUAACAUUUGCAAUAGGAGACUUUGCAAAUAGGGAAGCUCCGAUUUCCUCAGCAUCUGUAAAGUCAGUCACUUUUUCAGUGCUGUUUCUUUAGCAAUCUGAAGCUAGGUUUCUGCACUGACAAGAUUUAUUACAGAACGACUGAUGGAGCAGUGCAGGAAUUUAAGGCUAUGUAGGCUCUGAGCUAAAAAAGCGAGAGAAAAAAACUUAUCGGAAGGCUAUUUAUCAUGGGGACUAUCAAAUGUCUAGCCUCGUCAUGCUGGAGAGUACUAGCUGGCCCGAGAAUGACCGUUUAUACAAGAGCUGCAUGUUCAUCGGGCAGUCUUCGAAGUACUCAGGUCACCAAGAAGGCGUUUAUAUGCCAUGGUGCAAAUACGCAAACGCCUUACGUGGAGCAGAAGAAGAGCUUCGUACUCAAGACUCCAAAAGGCACACACGAUGUCCACCCGCAACAAAUGGCCAUUCGGGAGAAAGUGUUCCGCACAGUGGUGAAUUGUUUUAAGCGUCAUGGAGCAGAGAGCAUUGACACCCCUGUGUUUGAGCUGAAGGAAACACUCACAGGAAAAUAUGGAGAAGAUUCCAAACUUAUCUAUGACCUGGAAGACCAAGGGGGCGAGCGUCUGUCUCUGCGCUAUGAUCUGACCGUCCCCUUUGCGCGCUUUUUGGCAAUGAAUAAAAUCACCCAUAUCAAGCGCUACCAGAUUGCCAGAGUUUACAGGCGUGAAAACCCCGGCAGGGGGCGCUACAGAGAGUUUUAUCAGUGUGAUUUUGACAUUGCCGGACACCACGACCCCAUGAUCCCUGAUGCAGAGUGUCUGAAGAUUAUGUAUGAGAUACUCAGCGAGCUGGAACUGGGAGGGUUUCUCAUUAAGGUAAAUGACAGGAGGCUUCUGUCUGGAAUUCUUAGUGUUUGCGGCGUGCCAGACUCCGAGUUCAGAACCGCGUGUACCUCCAUUGACAAGCUUGACAAGAUUCCGUGGGACAAGGUCAGGAGUGAAAUGAUUGAAGAGAAGGCGCUCCGACCUGAGACUGUAGACCGAAUAGGAGAAUACAUCAGACUUACCGGUGGAUUUGCCCUGAUGGAACAGCUGAGGAGCGAUCCCGUGAUUUCCCAGAAUGCUCUGGCCAUGGAAGCGUUGAGUGACCUGAAACUGCUAUACCGCUACUUGGAAAUCUUCGGGGUGGCGGAGAAGGUCACUUUGGACCUAAGUUUGGCCCGUGGAUUGGACUAUUACACUGGAUUAAUUUAUGAGGCUGUCCUGCUGCCGGAUCAGGGAUGGACGCAGAGUUCCCAGGAUGCCACAGCUGCCAGUGACGUUAGCCUGGGCAGUGUAGCUGCGGGGGGACGCUAUGAUGACCUGGUGGCGAUGUUUGAUGUCAAAGGCAGAAGAGUACCAUGUGUGGGGAUCAGCAUUGGACUUGAGAGGAUAUUUUCCAUAGUAGAGAAGAAAGCACAGGAGUCUAAUAAAAAUGGCCGGACAACUGAAACGCAAGUGUUGGUGGCAACAGCACAAGCCAUGCACCUAGAGGAGAGGAUGGAACUUAUUACCGCACUGUGGAAUGCAGGGAUUAAAGCUGAAAUGCUGUACAAGAGACGCCCCAAAUUACUCACCCAGCUGCAGCACUGCGAGAGAACGGGAAUCCCUCUGGUGGCCAUUAUCGGGGAGCAGGAACUGAAGGACGGCAUGGUCAAGCUGAGGGACGUUGCGACACGACAAGAGGUUGAUGUGCCAAGGGAAAACUUGGUAGCCGAAAUCCGGAAACGCGCGGAGAUUCUUCAGCAGACGCAUAGCGACUGAGUGAAAUGAGAAUACGUUCAACAUGAAGGAAAGAGACCUGUGUAAAUGUGGAUGCAUCCAAAUAUUUUGUUCUUUGGGUUUAAAGAGUAAAACAAAUCUGUUUUAUAAUA